UCUUCUGCCAACAACCACAUUUCAAAGUAGAAUGGCGACAGCUAUAUGUGGCCACCCGUCGAUUGGCAGCAGCAGUAAACCGGCCAAAAUACGCCGAGAACAGCGAAGGAGAACCAAAGACUCCAAAAGGAGACAAGCGGCUUUGCUUUUUCUCAACAAUAUCUCACUCGACGGGCGACCUCAGUGUCACUUUAACGAUGAAAAUGCAGGCCGAAAAAGCACAGAGCAACAGCGACUCGGGGACGCCGUCUCAGAUCUCACGUCCCCGCCUCCAGAUAGCCAAGGGUCGGUGUCGCAGGUGACAGACCCCGCUCCUUCGGCCGGGAGCUCUUUCUCCAGUUUUUCUGGAGUCUUCGGUCCUUCGGUGAAGUCUGCCGAGGCAGCUGUAAUCGGUGCCAACGAGGUGUUUUUAGAAGGUGGCGGUACAGCGGAGAGUCCAGACGCCCCUCUGUCCGCCUUGACCGGCGGUCAGCAGCAGACCUCCAGAGUCAGGUCAACCCCCGCACAGAGCCCUCUUCCGGCCGUCUCUUCUCUGGAUUCUCGACCCAGAUUGAGGAAUGUAUCCGGUUCUCCUGGACCCAAGGUGCCAAAGAAGGUCCACUUCAUCAAGAAUAUGAGGCAGUACGACACCAGGGGGUGUAGGAUCAUGCUGAUUUGUGCCAAGCGGUCGCUAUACGCUGCUUUCUCAGUGCUGCCCUAUGGAGAGAUAUCUCACCUCAGUGAUACCAAACAGGAGGCGCAGAGAAGGCAGUCCUCCGUGGUGGCAGCUGACCUGCUUCCGUCCCUGGAAGGUGUGGAGCCGGACGCAUGUGGCCAAACUGUGUCAUAUGCUCGGUUCCUCUAUCCAACCAACGCCUUGAUGAGACAGAAGAGCAGCAGCAUGCCAGAAACCUGCACGCCUCAGACCCCGCCCGUGCGUCUCCGUGGUAACGCUCCGAGGCCGCACCCCGCACGUGUAAAUAAUUCUGUAACCCAUGAACCAUGUGUCGACGAGGUGACGGAGUAUGACCCCAACCUGCUGAGUGACCCCCAGUGGCCCUGUGGGCGGCACAAGAGGGUUCUUAUAUUUGCAUCGUAUGUGACGACCGUUAUCGAGUACGUAAAACCGUCAGACCUGAAGAAGGACAUGAACGAGACCUUCAAGGAGAAGUUCCCACACAUCCUGCUGACGCUCAGCAAGAUAAGAAGCCUGAAGAGGGAGAUGCGGGCCGUGAGCGAGGAGUGCGCUCUCCAGCCGGUCACCAUAGCGAUGGCGUUUGUUUACUUUGAGAAGCUGGUGCUGCAGGGUCGCCUCAACAAGCAGAACAGGAAGCUGGUGGCUGCGGCGUGCGUUCUGCUAGCAGCGAAGAUCAGCAGCGAUCUGAGGAAACCUGAAGUCAAACAGCUCAUUGAUAAGCUAGAGGAGCGUUUUCGUGUAAACAGACGGGAGUUGGUUCCUCUGGAGUUCCCGGUGCUGGUUGCCUUGGAGAUGGGACUCUACCUGCCCGAGAGUAAGGUGAUGCCACACUACCGUCGACUGGUGCAGCAAGGCUAGUUUGGAGCACGCCGGAAAUGUUAUGGCUGGGUGUUAUUUCUGUUAUUUCUAUUUGUCUGGUGUGGAGUGGAGUGGAGUGGACUUAUGUGUGUUGGUUGCUAUGACCGUCCUGAGCUCUACAUUAGAGACAAACCACAAGCACAUUUGUGUGCUUCGUUUUGGUGCUUUUGUGGUAUUUUGGUUUUGUGCUCUUUUUGGAUUCUGCACCUUUUGCCAUUUCUAGAUUUUUUUUUAAUCAAGGAUUCAAACAAUUGAUUUAAAGUCACUGUGACGUUGAUGCAGUUUUAGCUCUUUCAAUGAACCGACAUUGUUACGUGUAUCUUAUGGCAGCUCUGCGCUACUUUAAUGUUUGUCUCCACUUUAACUGACGAGGUCACCUGUAAGGAUUACUGUGAAGUGUGUGUUUGACACAACACACUGGGAUUCAAUCCCGUGUGGCUCAUUGGCACAUCUUUUAUUUCUCAGGAAUUUUGCUUUGUGACGUCUUUAGCUGUCGUGUCAAAGCAAACCCAAAGAACCCGUCAUCAGCCCUCCCAUAGAGGAGAUGUUGUGAUGAACGUUGUCCGAUGUAUAAAAGUGCCUAAACUCCGGCUGGGGAUGACUUGAGUGGAGACUAAAGGAAUGUUAUUUAUUGUGUAUUGUGGUGUUUCUGUAAACAUCUUAAAUAUGUAAAACUACUGAAAAUGUUCUUGAAUGUUGGUGUAAAAUUUUUCAGAUUUACGUAUGGUUAUGACUUAACAUAAACUUCAUGAUGUCUGCUGGUUUCUUGCUUUUUACUGCUUUUACUGCAGACAUGCAGCAUUGUAUCAUAGAUUUAUUUUUCAAACAUGUUGAGGAAGCUGAGACAUCUAAAUAAAUACAUCAUAUUUUCCAAAAUGGA